CAAAAUAUAAAAGCACAAAGGAGAGGAAGAUGCGUAGUAUACAUGAAAAGCGUAUAAUAACAAGAAUACCAAUUUCCUCAACAAGGUAUUCUUCCUUCAUAAUUCUUGUGCAGUUGGAAACCUCCUCCUGUUUCCUCCAACAAAUUGAAAACACAACUCCGAUCAAGACUCUGAAAUCGAACUUCUCGAUUUCAAAAGAUUCUGAGAAACCAAAACUUCUGCAUCAUGAAAUACAAGAAAGGAAAUACGAUGUCUACCAUGGAAACCAACAACAACAACAACAAGAAGAACACAUAUCAAGAAAAUUCAUCAGACCAUGUCCUCCCACAGUUGAAAUUUCAGUACACUACCCUGGUGAUGUAGUGGAAGUAUUUCACAAUCUUUCAUGGAAGAUGGCAAUCGUUUCCAAAUCAUUCAAUUUGGACUUAUUUCAAGUAAGAUUAGUCGGAUCUUUUAUCGAGAUCAAAGCAAGAAAAUCAGAGCUACGUGUACGCCAAUCAUGGCAGAAUAACAAAUGGGUUGUGAUUGGAAAUCGGAACAAGAAGCAAAGGUACACUCAUGAUAGUGUUAGUGAUACUAGUUCUGUUGGUAGUUGCAGUGUUGAUGAUAAAUUUCAGAAUAUAAAAGAAGGUGAUAUUGAAAGUGAUGAUGGAGAGUCUGUUUGUGAAGGAGGGUAUUUUGGGGAUAAUAAAAAGGAGUUGGGAUUGGGGGCAGAGAUACAUAGGUUAGAGUUGAAGGCGUAUAGGCGUACAAUUGAGGCAUUACAUGCGUCAGGACCAUUAAGUUGGGAAAAAGAAUCAAUGGCCCAAAAGUUGGAGGCUUGUACACCUGGAUGCAUUGCUGGUUUGAUAUUCAAGUUUUGGCCAUUCAAAGACCAUUAUGCAGCUUAUGCUGGUAAAAAUUCUAUAUGAAAUCAAAUCGAGUAGUCAAUGGCUUUCUUUUGUUCAACUUUUAGGGGUUGUUUGAUAUGCCUCUUACGAGGUUUGGUGAGAGGUUGGGUUUGACUUGGUCAUAUUGAGACAGUUUGAUGUCACAUUUAGAAGAAGUCUUUGGUCCGAUCAUCGGUCCUGACUCCUCUGAAAUGCAUCUUAAGGAUGAGGAUGACGAUUGAGUGACUGAGUCUUACUAAAUCAAACGUCGACUCGAUCAUAUUCAAUCAACAACUAUCAAAUAACUCUUUACUUUUAAUAUUAGAACACUAAUGAGAUCUAUG